CCGAACCACCGCAGGUCCCCAGCUGCUGUCUCUCUCUGUGAUGGAGCGUCGGAGGAUGCAAGGGUCGGGAACAUGAACCCAUUUGUGGACUCCGAAUCUCCCCGCCACGAAGAGGUGGAGGGCUCGGGUGGUCGGUGUCGAUGGGCGCAGUUCUCUCGCUGGUUCGAGUGUGUUUGUGUUGUCACCUUCGACCUGGAGCUUGGACAGUCCAUCGAGCUCAUUUAUCCUCAUGAUGUGAAACUUACUGAGAAAGAGAAAACCAGCAUUUGCUACUUGUCGUUUCCAGACUCGUACUCAGGAUGUCUGGGGGACACUCAGUUCAGCUUUAGGAUGCGCCAGUCAUUUGGUCGCAGAUGUUCAGGGACCAUUGAGGAUGUCUAUAACAGGGAUGCGCCGUCCAGCCUGCAGAAAGAGACAUCUCACUUCUUUGGAUAUGUCUACUUCAGACAAGUGAGAGAUGCUUCAGUCAAGAGAGGAUAUUUCCAAAAGUCCCUUGUGCUGCUUUCCCGUUUGCCAUAUACGCAUCUGUUUCACACACUGCUACAGAUCAUCACACCAGAGUUUUUUGAGAAAUUGGAGCCCUGCCUGGAAGCAGUUUGCAAUGAUAUUGACCAGUGGCCCUGCCCUGUACCUGGACUGACGCUCAACCUACCUGUGAUGGGCCAGGUGUUGCAGAUUCGCAUCCCAUCAACAUCUGAUAAACCUGGAGGAAGUCCAGUCAAACAGACGCCCUAUCUGAACCUGAUGCCGACUCCAACUGUGCUGCAGACUAUCCAUGAGUUAGACCUCUUCAAGUGCUUUCAGUCAGUUCUCAUUCACCUGCAAACGCUGUGGGAGCUGGUGCUGCUGGGUGAGCCUGUGGUCGUCAUGGCGCCAUCUCCCACCGCCUCGUCAGAAACAGUCUUCGCACUUGUCAGUUCCAUCACGCCGCUGAAGUUCUGCUGUGACUACCGACCGUACUUCACCAUCCAUGACAGCGAGUUCAGAGAGUACACAACCAAGACGCAGGCGCCGCCAAAUGUGAUUCUGGGCGUCACCAAUCCAUUUUUCAUCAAGACAUUCCAGAACUGGCCCCAUGUGGUACGGCUGGGAGAACUAAAGAUGGCAGGCGAUUUACCCAAACAAGUGAAGGUAAAGAAACUGGACAAACUGAAGACACUGGACCCCAAACCUGGUGUCUACACUGCUUACAAGCCAUUCCUGCAUAAAGACAAGAUCCUCAUUAAAAGGCUCCUGAAGGGCAUCCAGAGGAAAAGACCCUCUGAGGCACAGAGUGCCAUCCUGAGACGACACUUAUUGGAGCUGACUCAAAGCUUCAUCAUUCCACUGGAGCGCUACAUGGCCAGUCUGAUGCCCCUGCAGAGGUCUGUCACUCCCUGGAAGACGCCCCCCCAAAUACGACCCUUCAGUCAGGAAGAGUUCAUGUCCACACUGGAGCACAGCGGUCCACAGCUGACUUCAAUGCUGCGUGGCGAUUGGCUGGGACUUUACAGGAAGUUCUUUAAAUCCCCAAAUUUUGAUGGCUGGUACCGACAUCGCCACAGAGAGAUGACACAGAAGUUAGAAUGUCUUCAUCUGGAGGUCAUCAGUGAGGCGGACCUCCUGGGUUGGACCAAAGACAAGUCUGAGGUGGAGAUUGUCGAUUUGGUGCUGAAGCUCCUGGAGAAACUGAUUAAAGCUCGCCGUCUGCAGCUGCAGCUCAAGGAUGGAGUUUUGGAGAAACUAGAGGCUUUUGUGAAGUCGAUAGUCAGCUCGCUACCUGAAGACCUGCAGACUGUUCUCAAGACACAAACAUAACGCAGCGGAGCUGUGUGGAUGAAUGUAACGCAAUAAUUCAUUCUGACCAUGUAAAUAAGUGUUCAAAAUAAAU